AUGGACAUGCAAAGACUGUUCCGUCCAGCAACUGGGCUCCUCGCCGGUGCUCGCUGCCAGGCAACUAUGAUGGUAUCAUCGACCUUGGCUCCUCUGACGACCGUGCGCGGACACAAGACCACGGCACGAACGAAACGAUCGCUCAAGAUGGCACCGCACGACUCGUUCCUGCCAGACCGCACCCCCGACGCCCCGACGGGCAACUCCAUCAUCUACAACCCCCCUUCAUCCGAGGCGUCACCCUUAUAUACGCCCUUCCUCUUCCUGCCGCCCAACGACCCUCGCCGUUCCGCCAUCGUCCGCAUGCGUGCCGGAACCACACCGCCGCUGGUGCCCGAGAGCAACGACGAUUCGCAGACGCUGCCGCCUGCCAUGCGGUACCCCCGUCGCCAGGCCCGCUACAACCUGACGGCCAAGGACAUGGAGGAGAUGCGUCGCCUGCGCAACGAGGACCCCAUCACGUGGAGCGUCAACGCCCUCGCCCGCAAGUUUCAGUGUUCCACCAUCAUCGUGCGCAUCGCAGCGCCCCCUCCCCCCGGCCACCUCGAGUGGCUGCGGGCCAAGCAGCAGCGCCGUGAGUCCCGCUGGGGUCCUAUCAAGGCCAAGGCUCACGAGGAGCGCAAGAUGCGAACGGAGAUGAUGUACCGCGGGGAAAUAUAA